AUGUUGGAAACAGUACCACAAAUUGGCAUUUACAUUCACAGAUUUCACAAUCUUGACCUAUUUAAGCAAGGAUGGUAUAGGAUUAAAAUUACCAUGAGAUGGGAUGAUGAUAAUGAAAAUCAAUCUUUCGGAAUUCCCUCUAGAGUUGUUCAGUACGAAGCUCCUGAUGAGAUGGAUCCAAGCUAUAUAAAGGGCAUAUGGAGGAUUGAAGAAAAAGACAACAGUUUCUCAACACAGCCCUUUCGGAUUAGAUAUGCAAAGCAAGACAUUUAUCUAUGUAUCAUGAUCUUAUUCAACUUAUUUCAUACUGAAUUUGAGGGAUUCAUUAGUACUGCUGUUAUUUUAAAGUUUGAGCUUAUGUAUGUUCCCAAAUAUUAUGAUAACGGUGGUGAAUUGGAAGCUUCUCUGGAUUCUUCUCCAACUAUCCAUGAAUUUCGGAUUCCUCCUAAAGCUCUAUUAGGGUUGCAUUCAUAUUGUCCUGUCUAUUUUGAUUCCUUACAUGCAGUGCUCAUUGAUGUUACUGUACAUACAUGUAUUCUCAAAUCUUCAUCAAAAUUUCCCAGAAAUUCAGGCACCAGUGAAGUGAAUGUUGGCCAAAGUUAUAACACACCGAAGAAUAAUCAAGGCUUUGGUGCAAUCGCUUAUUUAGAUGUGAAAAAAAAAAUGUUUAUUAAAGCAUUAUUAACUGCUCGUGAUAUAUUACUUGAAGAACUUCAAAGACUUAGUAAAGCAAUUGAUCAAGCUAUUGAUAUUUCAAAAUUUCUGUUAAAUAUGACCUCAUUAAAUUCCAUAUUUCAAGCAAAUCAUGUUUUGACACAAGGAAAAUCACAAAAUGGCCAAGAGAAAUUUAAUGUCGAUUUUUUAAAUGCUGAAAACCUCAAAUCUCUUAGUCAAAAAGAACUUUGGAAGUGUUUGGAUUUAUUAGGAGAUCAAUUGUUCAAUUUAUGGAACGAAUUUUUAAAAUUUCACAGGGAAAACAAAAUACAGAUUCUAAAGUAUUUAAGAGAAACAUGGUGUAAGGAUAGAAAAGUUGAAUGGUCAAUAUGGAUGGUGUACUCUAAGGUUGAGAUGCCCCAUCAUUAUAUAAAUAAUGGGAUUAAUUUAUCUUCAAAUCGUGGUAAACACAAAAGAGCUCUCACUUUAUGGAAGCUUAAUGACGAGCCUAUUCAAACCGCAGUAACACGUGCUGAGAUGCAUCGAAGGAGCAUUGCACAAAUGCGGAUUAACAACCGAUCAAUUCAAGACAUGCAUAUAUUUGGAGACCCUUUAAGAACACCAAUUGUGAUUGUUGAACAUGUCAUCACAAAUGCACAACGAAGAACUAUUAGUCAAGAUUCAUAUUUGAUACAUACCAAGCUUUUUACAGCCUCACACAGCUUUCAACGACUACCUAACAUUACCCACCAAUCGGAACACCAUUUUCAUGUCUUGAACAUUGUUGUCUUUGUGCAUGGCUUUCAGGGGCAUCAUUUAGACCUAAGACUUGUUAGAAAUCAAUGGGUUUUAAUUGAUCCUGAAGUGGAAUUUCUUAUGUCAGAAGCCAAUGAAGAUAGAACAACAUCUGAUGAUUUUAGAAUAAUGGGUCAAAGGCUGGCUAAAGAAGUUAUUUCUUUUGUGAAGAGAAAAAUGGAUAAAGCUUCAAACUCAGGAAUUUUGGGAGAUAUUCAGCUAAGUUUUGUUGGACACUCUAUGGGCAACCUCAUUAUAAGAUCUGCACUUGCAGAUAGUUUGAUGGAACCAUAUCUAAGAUACUUGUAUACGUAUAUGUCCAUAUCUGGUCCACAUUUGGGGUAUCUUUAUAGUUCCAACUCAUUAUUCAAUUCUGGAUUAUGGCUUUUUAAGAAGUUAAAAGGCACACAAUGCAUUCAUCAACUCACAUUCACAGAUGAUCCACAUUUUCAAAAUACAUUUCUCUAUAAACUCUCUAAGCAAAAGACCUUGGAAUACUUUAGGAAUAUUAUCUUAAUAUCUUCUCCACAGGAUGGUUAUAUUCCUUAUCAUUCGGCUAGAAUAGAAUCAUGCCCAGCAGCAUCACAUGACAAAUCAAAGAAAGGAAGAAUGUUCAUAGAAAUGUUAAAUGAUAUUUUGGAUCAAGUGAGAGUGAAUCACGAUGAACAUCGUCGAGUUUUGAUGCGUUGUGAUGUGAAUUUCGAUGUGACUUCAUAUGGCAAGAAUUUGAACUCAUUUGUUGGACGUGCUGCUCAUAUUGAAUUUUUGGAGUCUGAUAUUUAUGCAAAGUUCAUAAUGUGGUCUUUUCCAGAAUUAUUUAAAUAG